GGAUUUCUGGGAAGAAGAAGGAGACUAUCGUGGUUGGGACUUUGGAGAGGAAGGUAUAGAGAGGCACUAUAUAAAGGCUCCUGACUUUUCAUCAGAAGCUACUGUCCUCCACAACCCUUUUGAACUCUCCCUGCCUGCCAUCAUGUCGGAGAUGGAGAUCGUGGAGGACCGGGCCAAGCUGAAGCAGGGCCUGGUAAAGGUGCUGCAGUGCCUGGCCACCAUCUCCUCGGCGGCGGCUGUGGUCAACCCCAUCUUUGGCGUGGCUGGCUCUCUGAUCCGAGUGGUGCUGCACCAAGUGGACGACGAGGACAUCCAAACUCUGAAACGUGAGUUUGGCUCAGUCAACCGUGAACUGGAAAAGCUGUCCGAACAGAACCGCAGCGCUCUGCUCCAGAUCAAGAAGGAAACGCUGGACGGACAGUACUGCAAAGUGGAAGAGAACCUGCGCAACCAGUUCCGCAAGUUCAUGGAGAUGGUGGACGCACGGCCGGAACAUAGAGAGCGCAAGAAGGAUGACUUUGAGGAGAGCUACGCUAACGACCUGGGUGACCAGAACCUGCACACGCUCUACGAGGGCGUGGUGGGCAAGCCCAAGCUGUUCAGCCGGCCCAUCCUGGAGGUGUACGUGAAGCACUCGCAGGGUGACCGUCGAACCAUGGAGAACCUGUGCACGCGCCUCACCUACCUCUUCUGCAUCGGCCUGAUCGCUCUCAUGGGCUACGCCGCCAUCAUCGGAGAUGACGAGGAGGGCCUCAGCGAGGAGUGGGCAGAGAAGAUGGAGCACGUCCAGGAGAAGAUGCAGGAGGCCCUCCGAAAAUGCAAGUGAAAAUGUGGAGGAGGUGUAGGAGGCCACUGCUCUGCUUCUUGUCCUCCAUAUGUAGAACUGUACACAUUCCCUCUGACCUGGUUCCACACCCUCCCAUCCUCCCGUUUCUGAAACUCCAGUGGUGUGUUCAAGUUCCUUAUGUUCUUUACUAGUUUAGAAAGUUCACACAACUGUUAACUUGUUUGGUUGAAAUCAAUGUGUUAGAGCUAAGUAAAUUUUUAUGAAAACACCAAUUCUCAAAUGACAGACCUAUUUAACAUGGGUGAAUGUUGAUAUGGAAACCUGCGUAAACUCAGUCUGAUGGUCCACGUUGAAAUUAUAUCUGUUCCAUUCAUGGCAUGUGAAGUGUAAGGAGAGAAUAGUUUAAAUGUCUGACAACAUUCUGCGUAACGACAUAUUUCAUGGUGCCUAUACAUCCCCUGGCUUAGAGGGAGACAAAUAUUAAUUUGCUCAUUCUGUUGCAUAAUGGGCAUCUAUUUAAAAAGAAAAAUACUCAAUGCAAGUGCAAUAGUGAUUGCAAUGCAACCUAGCACUUUAAGUAAACCAAAAAUCUACAAUACGAACACCUAUUAGAGCAGCCCAAAUAGCUGCUGUACUUAACAAAACACAUGGGUUAAACCUGGAUAUUACUUUACUUAUUACCGGAAGUAUAGGUAACUAUUAUAACGCACUUUCUUGUAACUUCACUUUGUCAUUUUUGUUUGUUUUAUUGUCAGCCCUUUAGUUGGUGUUUUUUGUUUGUUGAGACAGCUCAUUUCACGACCCACGGCCCUCACACUGUAGGUAUUGAACAUUAGUAUGGUGUUUAGAAGAACCGUGCAAAAGGUCAAAGUAUACAUUAGACUUCUAUGCAUCUUCUUUUAUAUUACAUGCUUUUAUUAUGAUAAUUUCUAUAAUGCGUUUCUUCACACCAAAUCAAUAGUUUUCUGGGGAAUUUUCCUUUGUCAAUGCUCAUCUUUUUUUAAUUGAAUGUAUUAUUUCAUAUUUUCCAUAAUUUACACUUAUCAAACUAUAUGAAGACAUUUAAAAUAACACUAAAACUAAUCAUGGGUGCCUUCUGUUCUUUAGAGGAUGUUUUUGUCUUUGUUUGCUUGAGUAGUCUACAGUUGUAUCAUAUUACAAGCAACCAUUUUGGAAUCAGGAGCAGAAAUAUAACAUUUA